AUGGCUGAUGAUAUAAACUUUGGUUAUGUCUAAUGUCUCUUAGUUCCCAGUCAACUUCCUGUUUGCAAAAUUGGCACUUGCUGACUUGCAAUACUUGCAAUUGAUGUAGUGUUGGUGUUGGGCAAUAAUACUGGUGCAGAAUGAAUGAUGGUGGUCUAACCAGGGAACAAUUUAACAUUGGUAUUGAUAAGUUUGUUGAAAAAUCUAAAGCCUUUAAUGAAAACUGGUGUGUAUGUCAUGUUGAGGGUUCUCCUGCGGAAAAAUAUUUGGUAAAAAGGCAAAUGACUGCUGCUAUUGUUGGAAAUAAGGAGAAAUCUGAAAACCUGACUGAUGGCACAAAAGAAUAUUUAGAGGAUGAUAUAUUAAUGUUUGAUAAUGCUGUAUAUUCAGGCCAUGCAGAACUAUUGAAAGAGAUUUUAACAUUUGAAUAUCAUGUGGUAUACAGCUCUAGUUACAACGUACCUGUUCUGUAUUUUAACGCCUGGUCGCAAGAUGGAAAACUACUUUCACUAAGCGAUAUUUGGCAACAAGUAUCAGAAAUUCAUCAGGAUUUUUUGAAUCACGAUAAAUGGUCAUUUAUAACACAGCAGGAACAUCCUCUUCUACAUCGACCAUAUUUCCUUAUUCAUCCAUGUCAUACUGCUGAGUUAAUGAAGCAAAUAUUAAUGAAUACCUCAGUUCAUAAAAGAGAUGCAACUUUAUAUCUAACAACCUGGCUGAGUGCUGUGGGUUCUGCAGUUGGAAUAAGAUUACCACUACAGUUUGGAAUGUCUGAAAACCAAAAUAAAAUCAUGACAUGAACCAGAUUGUCCUACAAGCCUAAACAGGUUAUUGGUUAUGCCAAAGAUGUUAUAACAACGCAUUCCAUUUAUCACCACAAAAUCCUAACCAAUUUUCAUCCCUGUUGAAUCCUGGCAUUUCACCUUAGUGUAACCAUAGUAACACACACAAGCAUCUUGUGCCAUUGGCU